AUGUCUUACCGAGAGCCCGUCUUUACCACCGCUUCCUGCGAGCCUCUCCCUCAAUUUUCCCAAGCUGUCAAGUACAAUGGCAUGGUGUAUUGCAGUGGUUCCAUUGGCAUCGACCCCAAGACUAACGACCUUGUUCCUGGUACGGCAACAGAUCGUGCACGCAUGGCGCUUCAAAACUUGAAGGCUGUGCUCGAAGCUGCAGGUAGCAGCAUGGAGCGUGUCAUCAAGGCAAACAUCUUUCUGGCGGACAUGAAGGAUUUUAACGCUAUCAACGUCGCAUGGGAUGAGUUCUUCCCUCAAGACCCUAAGCCUUGCCGUACUUGUGUUGCUGUCCACCAGCUGCCAUUGGAUACCGACGUUGAGAUUGAGAUGAUAGCAAGCUAUGACUAG